CGCAUUUAAUAUAAGAUCAUUGUAAACUAAUUCUUUAAGACACGACAGUCGGGUAAAAACUGUGAAGAACACAGCCUGCCAUUGUCACGUUCGAAGAAAGUAAUCAGCGGAAAUAACAAAUUAUACGAGAAAAUAAUAAUUAAGAAAAAAACAUAAACACGUUCUAUUCAUAGAGCAAAUAAUAUUUAAGUGCAGAUUUAAAUAAUUUAAACCAUUAAUUGGCUUAAAAAUUACAAAGGAUUUAGUCUAUACGACGUCUAAAACAAGUUUUUUAUUUCAAACUUGUUUGAAAAGGUUAAAUUAAAAUAUAAAUAAAACUAAAAUAUCGAUAUGCUAGAAUACUCGUAUUAGUGAUUCUUAACUGACGCGAUAAACUACUCUUGGUGCAUUAAACAUGAAAUCUUUAGUGAUCCUAUUAUGUGUAACGAUAGUUCAAAGUUACGAAGCAGAAAUGGCAAGACAUGUGAAAAAUGCGUACUCGGAAGUAGAGAACGGAAGAAAACUGGAUAAUAAUGAAGCACUUAAAGAAACUAGACGUAUAGAGAGUGAUGACGUUGAAAUGGUAAAACACAGAAAUUUGGAAAAUGAUAAUGUAAAAAUGGAAAGAUUGAGAAACUUCGGAAAUCAUAAUAUAAAAAUGGAAAAAUCGAGAAUUGUGGAAAGUCAUAUUGUGAAAGUAAAAAGACCAAGAAACUUUGAAAAUGAUGACAUAGAAGUAGAAAAAUCUGGAAUUUUAGAAGAUUAUGAUGUAAAAGAAGAAAGACCCAGAAACUUUAAAAAUAAUGAUGCAAAUGUGGAAAAGUCAAGUAUUUUAGAAAAUGAUAAUGCUGGAGUGGAAGGUCCUAAAUAUUUAGGGAAUUUUAACGCAGAAGGUGUUAUUCAGGAAAUAGGAACAUCUAAGAACCUUGCGAAAAGUAACUAUAAAUCUAAAGAUGCAAAUUCUUCAACAGAUUACAUAAAAGUGCCAAUUAAAAAAGUUGAUAAUGGAGUAUCACAAACGAAGGAACUGAACAUUAAAGAGAAUGACGAUAAAUUGAAAACAGUAAACAAAACUGCAAAAAAUAAAGAUUUAAUCAAUAUGGAACUGUACUACAAGUUGAGGAAGUCAGAGAUAGCACAUCUGAAGAAUGCAACAAGAGACAAUAAUCCUUACCCUCAUAAAUUCAACGUCACUGUAUCUUUAGAGGAAAUUUUAGAACAAUAUAAAUAUCUGAGGAAUGGAGAACUCUUGGAAGAUGUUAAUUUCUCGAUAGCGGGUAGAGUGCUUUCCAUAAGGAAAUCUCGACUUCAUUCAUUGCUUUACGAGCUAAAAACUGAAGGGGGCGUGAUUCGAGUGAUGGCCAUUUCCAAAAUGUAUCAAACGGAGGAAGAUUUCGUCGCUGAUACGGAGAAGAUAAGAAGAGGAGAUAUCAUUGGAUGUGUGGGUCAUCCUGGAAAGACGAAGAAGGGUGAACUGUCUAUUGUAGCAAAAACUGUCAAGUUACUCUCACCGUGCUUACAUAAGCUGCCAAACACCACUCUUACAAAUGGUACCAAGCUGAAAACAAGAUACUUAGAUCUUAUUCUGAACGAUAAGUCUAAACAGAUAUUCUCCACGAGAGCGAAGAUAAUUUCAUACAUCAGAAACUUUCUGGACAACAUGGGUUUCCUGGAAGUGGAAACUCCGAUACUACACAAGGUGCCAGGUGGAGGGACAGCGAAACCUUUCAAAACCCACCACGAUUUGAUGGAUAUUGACUAUUACCUAAGAAUAUCUCCAGAGUUAUACCACAAGAUGUUGGUAAUCGGAGGUUUGGAGAGAAUCUACGAGAUCGGAAGACAGUUUCGAAAUGAAAAGAUCGACUCUACACAUAAUCCCGAGUUUACAUCCUUAGAAUUUUAUAUGGCGUACGCUGACUACUACGACCUAAUAGAUAUCACUGAAAUCUUACUGUCGGGAUUAAUUAAAAGUAUUCAUAAUUCUUAUAAGGUAAAGUACCAUCCAAAAGGUCGCAGUGGUGAGGAGGUAGAAGUGGACUUCACUCCUCCAUACCCGCGCAUCUACUUGCUCCCCGCUCUGGAGAAAGCCUUAAACGUAACAUUCCCUCCUGCUAAUGAACUCCAUACACCUGAAGCCAAUGUAUUUCUCGUACAACUCUGUGAUAAAUACCAGGUGGAUUGUUCCCCGCCAUGGACUUCAGCAAGAAUUAUAGACAGUCUGGUCGGAGAGUUCAUUCAGGAACAUAUUGUGCAUCCCACUUUUAUUAUGGAUUAUCCGCAAAUAAUGAGUCCCUUAGCUAAACAGCACAGGGACCACUCCGGAUUAACAGAAAGAUUCGAACUAUACGUAAUGAAGAAAGAACUUUGCAAUGCUUACACAGAACUGAACGAUCCAGUUUUACAAAGAAAACGGUUUAUUGAACAGGAGAAAGAUCGUUUAGCUGGCGAUGAGGAGGUACCUCCAAGUGAUGAAGAAUACAUCAGAGCUAUGGAGUAUGGUCUACCACCCACGGCUGGGUUGGGACUAGGCAUCGACCGGCUUGUGAUGUUCUUAACUGAUUCUAUCAAUAUUAAGGACGUGUUACUAUUCCCAGCUGAGCAGCCAAAAAAUCCAAAAAAAUAAAACAUAUUUAUAUCAUAAAUAGAUAAAUGAAUAGGUACUUCUAUAAAAAAUAUAACUUCGAACUCAUACAUAAUAAUUAUCUAAAACUAAUACGAGUGUUGUAAAUAAU